CAUAUUUUUUGAAGUAGAUGGAGAACAAUAAUAGAUUUCAAAUAUGUUUUUCUUGAAAAGAAAAAGGAAGAAUUGUGUGUAUUUCUAUUCAGGCCCCUUGCUCUGACGCCCUUCAAUAAAAUCUAAUGCAACCACUUACCAUCAGAAAUUAGUAAACGAACAAAUGGCCACCCAGACAACCAGCAGUUUAAACCCAGUUUUACCCUCAUGCUCCCUCCCAGCUUUACUGACGUUGCAGGAAGUACGCAGGGCACCACGUUAUAUUCAGCUCUUGAAGGCUUAUAAAUUUCCGCCAACAGCUUUGAUUCCGCACACUGUCAAUCUUAAAAGUCGUUUAGAGUUUAAGGCUUCGAGUUUCAUUCUGAAUUCGGUCCUACACAGAAAAAUUAGGAGCCUGGUACAAAGCGAGGAUGUACGGAACAAGCAUUGGUCUGCAAACCCAAGGUGGUGGAAGUGUCAACCAAUUAGGAGGAAACUUUCUCAACGGCAGACCUCUACCAGAGUCCAAGAGAAUGAGGAUGAUUGAGCUGGCCUCCGAGGGAGUCCGCCCAAGUGAAAUAUCCAGAAUUCUCCGGGUAUCCAACGGGUGCGUCAGCAAGAUACUGUGCCGUUACAGGCGCACAGGGCUGGUGAAGCCCAAAUCCAUAGGAGGCAGCCGCCCUCGGCUUCUCACCCCCGGCGUCAUCUCCACAAUCAUCCAGUGCAAGAGGGAAACGCCAACUAUUUUUGCUUGGGAAAUACGAAAACGACUUGCAAGAAUUUGUAAAGCCGCAAAAAUUCCUAGUGUGUCAUCCAUAAAUAGGAUUCUGCGAGAAAUCCGCCCGGAUCAUGGAAUAAAGUGCAUGGAGGUCAAUGCUCCCUUCAGAGCUGAGCACGAUCAUUACUCUGUGGCUGCAGAAGUAAACAAGCAAGUGAUGAACUCUGAUGACCAGAAACCUGAAGGUGCCCGGCACAAGAACCGCACCUCUUUCACCCCGGAGCAGAGCAGAGCACUCGAGCAAGGUAAUCAUCCAGUUCAUCAUCCUGUGACAUUCUGCCGUGUUUACGCUCAGGAAGAUACACGCUCAUCUCUCUCGAACCAGAAUUUUCCCAGAGCCAGUACGCUGAUCUGUAUACAAGAGAGAAACUGUCAGCUGAAAUUAAACUUCCUGAGGACACCAUUAAGGUAUGGUUUUCAAACAGACGAGCUAAAUGGAGGAGGGAAACCAAACACAGAGGUAGAACAAAGAUUUCAGACCUGCAGCUGCAAAAAGACUGCCUUCUUUUAAAUCAAGCCCUCACACACAGCUUUACGUCUCAGGAAACGGACGCAUUAAGAAUAAACUGUCAAAACACCGCUUUCCUGCCCAGAGUCUCCAGGAAGCUACACAGUGGCUUCUUCUCUCAAACAGCAGCUGUUCCUCAGCAGCUGUGUGACACGUUGCCACAGACCGUCAAUAGGACUCCAGGGCAUUGCAACAGAGAUGCAGUCACUUUCCCACUGACUCAAGACAACGUGUACCCAAAGAACACUUUCCAGCUGGCCUCUGAGGACAUCAUAACCCACUCCCAUGUUUGCCAGCAGUGGAACAAGCAGAGCACAUCGUUUAUGUGGAGCCAGUUUCAAACAAAUGGGAACUUCCCGUCUCCCCAGGAUGUGCAUCAACCGGGUGGCAUGGUAUGAAAGUGAGAAUGGAUUUCUACCUCUGGUGAAUGAGUUUAGCAUGUAGAGUUAAAAAUGUAAUUCUAAUAGAUUUGAGUA